UAUAAAAUACACUUUUCCCCUUGCAGGUGAAGAACGUGGAAGGUGCUUCACAAUAGAGUACAUCAUGCCAAUGAAUGUUCAACUUACAUCUGAAUCAACAGUCAAUGUUUUAAAGAUGAUUCGUUCUGCCACCCCUUUCCCAUUAGUCAGUCUCUUCUUUAUGUUUAUUGGAUUCAUUCUGAGCAAUAUUGGGCACAUUCGUCCCCAUAGAACCAUUCUGGCUUUUGUGUCUGGAAUCUUUUUCAUUCUGUCUGGUUUAUCUCUAGUUGUGGGGCUUGUACUCUACAUCUCCAGCAUCAACGAUGAAAUUCUCAAUAGAACUAAAGACUCUGAGACGUACUUCACUUACAAAUAUGGAUGGUCAUUUGCUUUUUCGGCUAUCUCUUUUCUCCUGACAGAGAGUGCAGGUGUCAUGUCUGUCUACCUGUUCAUGAAGAGAUACACUGCUGAAGAGAUGUAUAGGCCUCAUCCUGGCUUCUACCAUCCACGGCUUAGCAACUGUUCUGACUACUCUGGCCAGUUCCUCCACCCAGACGCGUGGGUACGCGGGCGCAGUCCUUCUGACAUCUCCAGUGAUGCUUCCCUUCCGAUGAACAGUAAUUACCCUGCUCUACUUAAAUGCCCAGAUUAUGACCAGAUGUCAUCCUCUCCAUGCUGAAUGGCAAGUAUAUACCCUCACUUUGGGAGUGAAUGAAAAGCAGGUGGAGGUUGUAAUGUCCUGAGUCUGUAUUUCACAAAAACGACACUUUGCCAGAACAGCCCCCUCCCAUUUAUACAAUUAGCAAAUGAUAUCAUUAUCUAGAGAUGGUUUCCCCCCUUCUGUAAUGCAUAUAUGCAUAUCCAAUUAAACUACAGCUGCUGUUUUGAUCCUGCAGCUGUUCCAUAUACCCAAAUCUCU